GCAUACUUCACAACGAGAAGCAGAGAAGUGUCUGGAAGGGAUAUGUUUCUUUCUAUACUAUAAGGUGGUUGUAUUAGACAAAGAAAGGAGGUCGCACUCGAAUGCCACGUAAUGGGUUGUUUUGGAUCGAAAGACGCAAUGCUGAACGCUUUGGAGCCCCCACAAGGGUCUCGCCUGCGUGGUAAUUCCUUCGGACUGCGGCAAUGGGAUCCCACAGAAUAUCGAGGAGGAAGGCAAUCCUUUCCAGAAAGUCUGUCGGCUGGUUCAAAUGAACGGUCUUAUCCAGACAGCGGGCCGGCGCACGCAAGUGCCCUUGCUUCGCCAGAAAAGGAAGCACGUUCGCUGGACGGAAAAGGAAUCCAAGAUAAGUCUUCAGGAUAUACGCAUGAAGGAUUGAGUGCAAUCCCCGGCAGUUUGGUGAAUAUCAUGGUACCAAAUCCAAGACACAAGUGCUAUUUAGUACGUACAAAAGACGUUCCGGAUGCCGAUAAAGCCAAAGACGAAACCCUGACGGUCCCAAAAGGCGGAAACUAUGUAGGUGCAAAAGACGUUCCGGACGCCGAUAAAUCCAAAGACGAACUCCUGAUUGUCACAAAAGAGCCACCACAAAAAGCAGCCUUGUUCCAAAUGUACACUCUGAGUACGAACAAGAACGUGGUCGCCUUCCAAGUAGCCAAACCCUCUUCAGAAGCGAAUCCCACUAGCAAUCCUGCACUCUAUCCAGAAUAUCUGGGUACUUCGGUCAAGGCGAGCACAACACCCAGCGAUAGUGUUUUGUGGGAGAUUCUGCCAGGCAUUGUACAAGUUGCGACCCCUAUAGCUGCGCUACAGGAGGCAUCAAGUCACUUCGUACAAUCCCAAAGUGACAAUAAGAACGCAAUCUACCUACGGUCAGCAAUUACACCAGGACUCUAUUUGCAAGAGCAGCAGAGCAUGAGUGCUCAGGGUGAGUUCCCAGUACGGUUCGCUACCCAGGACCAAUAUUCUAUGACGACACAGUUUCAUCUUGAGAGCGCGCAGAAGGAUGCAAUGUAAAUCCAGAGGUUCAAAGAUACCAUUAUGAACGAACAUCUGAUUCUUAGAAAUGUUGGACUCCGAUUACAUGUACACAUGAAAUUUGCUUAUCACAAAAUUUUCAAAUCGAAUUUGUCUAUCAACUGUCUAAUAUUCUUGAUGUGUUCAGCUACUUUUGUCAUAGUUUGCUAAAUUCAAAGUUGUAAACCUGUGUAGGGCAUGAGAAUAGUAUGAUCAAAUUUCGCUUUUAUUGUGAAUUUUAGUAACAUGCUAUAAAGUGUCCCAAUGAUCUGUUAGAUCUCUCCUACCACUCCUACAUCCCUGCUACUCCUACCCGUGAGUAGUAAGACUGGAUAAGGGGUGGCCCAACUUAGCUUGUUAGGAAUGGUAUGAACCAUCAGGUAUCUUGUCUUCCAAAUUACAUGUAGUUAUAACUAAGCAGAUAUCAUAAUCAAUAACCUUCCAUAUUUCCCAAAUUUUCUGAUCAUUGCCCUUUUUGUGCAACUGCUUUACAACACUUAUUUUUCGCCUGUCUCUUUGGGCUCCCGAUUUCUUUUGAUUCAUUGCGCAUUUGCUUCAUUAUGUCUCUGGUUAGACCUGUUCUUUGGAACAGAUCUAACUAAUAAAGCCAAAGAUAUAUAAAAGUUUAAACAUUUGCCUUUUUUCCCAAAAAUCUAUACAAAGACGUUUGUUAAUUAAGGCAUUUCUUCCAUCCUUUGGAUGAC